AUGGUCUACCCAGAAACUUUCAAAGCUGUUGGCGUCGUCGACUUUGACGACUGGUUACACCCCAAAUCUUUUGAGUACAAGCCUCAAGAGUUCAGAGAUUAUGAUGUGGACAUUGAAAUCGAGGCCUGUGGUGUCUGUGGCUCGGAUAUCCAUGCUGCCAAUGGUGAUUGGGGACGUCCAUAUGCUCCUGUUGCUGUUGGACACGAAAUCAUUGGAAAAGUGGUGAAAGUCGGACCAAAAGCCAAAGAAGGCAUCAAAGUGGGCGACAGAGUCGGUGUGGGUGCCCAAUGUGACUGUGACAACACGUGUAUUGCGUGCAAAAAGAACCUCCAGAGCAACUGCAGAAACCACGUGGGCACCUACUUUGGUGUGAACAAGGAAACUGGUUUCAAGACCAUCGGAGGUAAUGCUUCUCACAUCAGAGUCAACUCGCAGUUUGUCUUCAACAUUCCAGACCUGCUCAAGACGGAACAUGCUGCUCCACUUUUGUGCGGUGGUAUCACCGGUUUCUCGCCUCUUCUUCAACACAAUGUUGGCAAGGGAACUAAGGUUGGUGUUGUUGGAAUUGGAGGUAUUGGCCACAUGACCAUUCUUUUCGCCAAGGCUCUUGGUGCUGAAGUCACUGCCAUUUCCAGGACCGACUCGAAGAAGGAGGUGGCCAAGCAACUUGGUGCAGACCAUUUUGCUGCUACUGCCGAUGAAGAUUUCAUCGAAAAGUAUGCCGACACCUUGGAUCUCAUUGUGAACACGGGAAGUUCUUUCUCCGGUUCUUCCUUGGACAAGCUUUUGUCGAUGCUUGUUCCCCGGGGCAAGUUUGUCUUUAUUACGGCUCCACCUGUGGGCGAAAACAUUGAAUUGUCGCCUAUGAAGUUGCUUUUCAACAACUCUUCCAUUCAAGGCUCUGCCAUUGGGUCUCCUGAGGAAAUCCAGUACAUGCUUAAUUUUGCUGCCGAGCACAAGAUUGAGCCAUGGGUGGAGACAAUUGACAUCUCGGAGGAGAAUCUUGGAAAGGCCUGGAAGAGAGCCGAGGAAGGCGAUGUGAAGUUUAGAUUCACCAUGGUUGGCUACGACAAGUUUUUCAAGAAUUAG